GGUACGGGCGAGGUAGAGGGGCGGGUUGCGCGCUACGGCAUACAGCGUGCCUUCAGUGUACUCCGAGCCGCCGUUGUGGCGCCAAGUACGCCGCGAGUGUUGUAUAAAACAUCAAGACAGAGUAGUGACACGUUCCGAAUUUGAAGAAACUAAGAUAACGGGAUAAACCCAAAAGAGAGAACCCACUGUGAUGGGUGUUGGCGCGUGAUAUUAAAAGAAGCAAGAUGGCGCUGCGGAGCGCGGGCAGUGGAACCUCGCGCAGCGCCCAGCGCGCGCUGGACGAGUUCGAGGAGAUAGCAGGCCUUCGCGGGGGUCCCGGCGGCGGAGGAGACCGCGCCGAUGGCGAAAGGACCGCGUACGUGCUGGAACAUCUCGCCACCUUCACCGUCACCAGGGAAACGGGGAUAGUGUACCCUGCGGACGGCAUGCGGAGGCUUCUCCAGCUGGAGAAAACUAACGGAAUAUGGAGUCAAAAAAUGCAGCUGUGUCUGGACGGCCAGUGGGUGCUAGUCAUGGAUUACGAGACUGGGUCAAUAAUGGAGCGGUUCCCAGCGUCGUGGGUGCACUCGCCGACGGCGUUCACGUCGCCGGAGCCCGCGGAGCUGUACAACAACGUGCUGGCGUUCGUGGUGGGUGCGCCGGCCGCCUCGCAACACGGCGACGCCGCGCCGCGCCGCGAGCUGCACAUUUUCCAGUGCCACGACGUCGGCGCACAGACCCUGGUUGAGGAGCUCAAUGCACUCAAGGGCAUCGGCAACAGUGUCGCCAACGAUGGUAACCGCGACUUCAUCAUAGAUCGCGAAAGGGAGAGGGAAAGAGAAAGGGAGACCGAGAUGGAGAGACCGCGCAGGCAGCAAAUGUCAGCGCAGCUUGGUGGGCGCGGAUCGGGCCUGGACCGCGACGACGCGUCGUCGACUGGCUCCGAGCGGCUCUAUGAGCAGGACAUCGCCAUACUCAACCGGUGCUUCGACGACAUAGAGAAGUUCAUCGCGCGGCUGCAGCACGCCGCCGCAGCUUCGCGGGAGCUGGAGCGACGAAGGAGGUCCCGUGGCGGGAAACGUUCCGCCGGAGCAGGUGAAGGCAUGCUGGCGCUGCGGACCCGGCCGCCGCCGGAGCGCGACUUCGUCGACGUACUGCAGAAAUUCAAGUUGUCGUUCAACUUGUUGGCGAGACUGAGGGCACAUAUCCACGACCCCAACGCGCCGGAGCUGGUGCACUUCCUGUUCACGCCACUGGCGCUGAUCGUGGACGCGGCGCAGGACGUGGCGGACGGCCGGCUGCCGGCGCGCGUCGUGCAGCCGCUCCUCACCAGGGACGCCCUCAAUCUGCUCGCCAACUGCGUCACCAGUAAGGAGACGGAGCUGUGGCAUUCGCUCGGCGACGCGUGGCUCAUACCCAGGGAACAAUGGAAGACGACGAUCCCGCCGUACCAGCCCGUGUUCAUGGAUGGCUGGUCGCCCGACUACCAGGUGGAUGACCAGCCCCUGAGACGGCCGUCCCCUCGGCGCAGCGACGGCGGCGGUGGCGGCGGACCCGCCGCGGCCCCGGACCGCGGGGCGGAGCGCGCGGAGGGCGCGGGGGGCGCGGGGGGCGCGUACACAUAUGACCGGGACGAGCCCGACAUGUACGGAGAACAGUACGCACCCUACACCAGGAAUCCAAGAGUGAUGGCGCACGAAGACUCUGGCUCAGCAGCAUCCUCUCCGGAUCGCGAACCACCUUAUCGCGCCGAACGGGAAGAUGACGACCUAGGCGAGGCGUGGGCGCGGGGUGUGGCGGCGCGCGGCGGCCGCGUGGUGCUGGUCACGUACCCGCGCACCGCCAACAACGACAAGGAGCUCACCGUCGUCCGCGGCGAGUACCUCGAGGUGCUGGACGACUCCCGCAAAUGGUGGAAGGCGCGCAACCGUCGCGGCGUGACCGCGCAUGUGCCGCACACGAUCGUGGCGCCUGCGCAACUGCCUUCUACUUCACCGCAUCUCUACCCCAACCCGAUCUAUACACACUACUCGCACCAGGAUAACGGCGGACGAGGAUCAGGAGGCAGCAGUCCUACAGGUGCGACGGGAAGAGCUGGUGCCGGCUCUGGCAACGGCGGAGAGAAGCGACCGUCGCCCCCACCGCCGCCGCCGCCGCCGCCCCCGCCCCCCGUGGCACCCGUCGCCACAUCCGCUCCCACUCCUUCCAAGAGUGACACAUUGAAAUCGAGGAAAUCCAUCAUAAGUACGGGCAGUGAAUUGCAAGACGAGUUGAAAAUAGUGUUGCCCCAGAUACAGCAGCGAAAGAACAAGCUCGACUUCAUUAAGAAGACACCGGAUAUCUUUAUUCAUCAGAAAUCGAAUCCCGCAGAAGUGGCGGAUUGGUUGGAAGCAAAAGGCUUCAGCGCGCUGGCACAGCGCAAGCUUCGGGUCCCCGGGCACCAGCUGUUUUCAUACAGUCGGGCGCAGCUGGAGGACGUGCUCGGCCCUGAUGAGGGCAAGCGCUUGUACAGCCAGAUCCUGGUGCAGAGGAACGUGUCCGGGGUGAGUGGACUGUACCGCCUGCACUCUCCUAGCACCCACGUACAAGACAACUACGUCCUCGGAGCUGCAGAGUAUCCUGCGGAGGGUCCGCGAGAAGGUAGAAGUUUCGUGAACGGCGUUCACCGAAAGGACUAUAAUUCCUCGUCUUGCUGAGCCGAGUUCUAAAUCUACUAAUAAUUUAUACACUUAUAACAUUCUAAUACUUCUCAAUUAACAACCAAGUUUUGUUUCUUACGGUGUACGCUGGCGGUGAUACCAGUGUGGGAUAAUGGAUGUCGAUUAUCUCAAGUCAGUUGUUCCAUUGUAAAGUAACCCCGAUGAGGUAUUAUAGUCGAAGCCGCUAGUUUUUGUAAACGGUCGAUGCUGCUCCUAUUAUAUUAAUGCCACGAUGGCUAGUCGGAUUCAUGUGAAAGGUGAACACUUGUUUAUUUUCUAUAACAUCGGUAGAACUAUAUAAAUUAUUAUAGAUAUUUUUUAACAGAUGCUAUAUUUUUCACCAAAUUGACUUUGUAAAUAUGUUUAGAUUAAUUUUAUUCUUUAAUUGUUACCCAUAAAAUGGUUAAUUUUAAGCAGAAUUAUAAUAUAAAAUAAAAAUUGAAGUACCUAGAUUAUAACUAGAAUCAUUAGCUUUGAUAAAUCGAACAAAGGUUCUAAGACAAAAAUGGCCGUUGUUCCUAAAUAACAAAUAAUGUUUGCUCCUCAACUUUUCUUAUACGAAUAUCUAUCGACUGGAUGAAAUAAGUCAUACUAUACAUUUUUAAAAAUAUUUUACGCGAACUCUUGUUGAAAACUAUAGAGUUAAUAUUUUUUAUUUUAAAUAUAAUAUAAUAUUAAGGGUCGUGAAUGAAACAUGAUAAAUAUAUAUGUAACAAAAUAUGGUUAAUGUGAUUGAAUAAGAAAAAACACUAUUUAUUAAUUUGACAUAUUAUUAAUAAGUGUUAUUUAGUAAGUACUAAUAUACUGUAUUUAUUAUAUUAUUUUAUAUAAACUGUGUGUUUUAUUUUAUUACAUGCCCAUAAUGAUUGCAGACGUGAAGUUUUAAAACUGCGUCAUAUUUAAUACUGAAGAAAGUUGCAAUGAAUUCCAUAGUCCUAAUAAUUCUGGCAGGUGGGAAAGGGAUUGUUAGCAAUGGAAUUUGACAGCCCCAUUGCUAGCAAUAUGCCCUAUUAAGUCGACCUCCACGUGGUUCCCCCUGGAAACCAUCGUGAACAAUUCUUGUUGAAUUCGUCACGUUAACUGACCUGCUUCAUCCUCACCUGUCAACCUUUACUGGUUCCUCGCUGAUGUAUAACGAUAGCGCGAGUAGGGUUACCAUACCAUUAUCAUCCAUUAAAAAAAAUUCUGGCAGCGGCUUGCUAUCAUUUUGUAUUCCUUGUUUAAGAAGUGGUGUAACAGUGAUGCUGUGAGUUAAGAACACAAUGCAUCGUUAUAAUAUUGUAUAUAUUCACAUACCAGUGGCUCUCAGGCGAGUUGCCACUAAUUGAUAUAGGCAGAGAAAGAUUAGUCCAUUUUUCUGGUGAGAAUACUAACAAAAAACUCUUUUAUUUUACUCUAACUUUUAUAAUAUUAAACGAAACGAGCACACAGUCAAUAAAAGCCGUUAUCCAAAAAAAAUAUAAUUUAAUUAACAUAUUUUUUAAAAAUGCAUAACAAUUAUAUUAGGUAAAAAUAAACUGAUAAAUAAAGCUGUUUUUUUAUUACAUUUAUAACUUUAACAAUAAAAUUCGCCUUCUGUAAAACUAAGUUGAUCGUAAUGUCAUCAAUUUAUAUUACACUCAGAAUAUGGUAAUGAAGUGUAGCAACGUCGCAAGUAACUGUCAAUUUUCAUAAACAGCUGAAUUAUUUUCAAUUAUUAUUCAAAAAGUGCUAUACUUUAGUCAAUUUUUUUUAUACCACAGAGAUGGCAAACAAGCAUACGGCCCACCUGAUGUUUAAUCUCUAUAAAGUGGCAAUUAUGUACAUAGUAAUUUUUUUU